AUGAGUGACACUACCACACCUAUAGUGUCAUCAAUCUCUGCAACAAAUCGAAAUAUGAUGACGGGACAGAUCAAUCACUUCGGCAAAUACGUCAAACUCAACGUGGGAAACCAUUUGUUUUUAACUAGUUUUGAUACUUUAACAAAAGAAGAUACAAUGUUCAAAGCGAUGUUCAGUGGACGAAUGGAAGUUGUACAGGACAGCGAAGGUUGGGUAUUGAUCGAUCGUGAUGGAAAACAUUUCAAUUUAAUUCUGAAUUAUCUUCGCGAUGGAACAAUUAAUCUCCCUGAAUGUACUCAAGCAUUGAAUGAAUUACUUCAUGAAGCGAAGUUCUAUUGUAUUGAAUCAUUGAUUGAACUAGUCGAGCAACAAUUACGUACACGUUCAAGAAAGAAUGCCGGUGAUACGGAUGCGUGCUGUAAAGUUAUCAUGUUGACAUCCGCGAAAGAAUUGCCAAAUAUCGUUACCACAGUUCGGAAACCAAUUGUUAAAUUAGCCAUCAAUCGACAUAACAACAAAUAUUCCUACACUGCAUCAUCGGACGAGAUGUUGAUGAAAAAUAUCGAAUUAUUCGAUAAGUUAAGCAUUCGUUUACAUAAUCGAAUAUUGUUCAUCAAAGAUGUAACUGGUAGCGAAGAAAUCUGUUGUUGGAGUUUUUACGGUAAUGGACAGAAGAUUGCUGAAGUUUGUUGCACGUCAAUUGUUUAUGCAACUGAACGAAAACAAAACAAAGUUGAAUUUUUCGAAGCGAGAAUCUAUGAAGAAACUCUGAAUAUUCUUUUGUAUGAAAAUCGAAACGCUUCGGUGGAUGAAAUCAUUCGUGCAACAACACCACGUUUUGCAUCAGCGGCUCUGACUGAUGAUGAUUUAGACGAAGAACGAAGUGUAACAACUAGUACAGCAUCGACAGCAACAGCGUCAACAACAACAACAACAGCAGCAGCAGCCGCAACCAAUCGUUCAGCGAGAAAGCGUUAA